AUGGCAUUGAGCACCCAAAGAGACUCUGCCUUUCUUCCUUCACCUGAUCAGCCUGCUCCUCAACCGAACCACGAUGUGUUUUUGAGUUUCAGGGGUGUAGACACUCGAAAAAGCUUUGUAUCCCAUUUAUACCACGAAUUGCAGCUCAGGGGCAUUAAAACAUUCAAGGAUGAUCCUAAGAUUGAAAGAGGGACACAUAUUUCUUCAGAGCUCUUCAAUGCAAUCGAAGAAUCAAGGCUUGCAACCAUUAUUCUCCAAUGCAAGAAAUCCAAGAACACCGUUCUGCCAGUGUUUUAUCAUGUGGAUCCUUCCGAAGUACGAAAACAAACCGGUAGUUUUGCGUGCGCAUUCACUGAGCAUGAGGAAAGGUUUAGGGAAGACAGAGAAAGGGUGAAGAGCUGGAGAGCUGCUUUAACUGAAGUGGCCAAUUUAUCUGGGUUUUAUUCAAAGAAUGAGUGUGAAAGAAAGCUUAUUGAAAAUAUUGUUGAAUGGGUGUGGAUGAAAGUACAUCGCAGAUUCAAAUCGUUAGAUUCCAGAGAGUUGGUGGGAAUGAAGUUUAUACGUGAGCACAUAGAUUUGCUUUUAGCUCAUCCUACGGAUGAUGUUCGCUUUAUGGGGAUAUGGGGGAUGGGCGGAAUUGGCAAAACAACCAUUGCUAAGCUAGUAUAUGAUAGCAUUUCUACCCAUUUUGAAUCUAGCAGCUUUCUUGCUAAUGUUAGAGAGGUUUCUCAACGUGGUUGUCUUGUUGAUCUACAAAGACAACUUCUUUCCCCAAUCUUAAAGGAUCAAAUUGCUCAAGUUUGGGAUGAACAGUGGGGAACCUCUGUCAUUAAGAAUUGCUUGUAUAAUAAAAAGAUUCUUCUCAUUCUUGAUGAUGUGAGUGAAUCAAGCCAACUUGAAAAGUUGGCUGGUGAAAAGGAUUGGUUUGGUAAGGGGAGUAUAAUCAUUAUUACAACUAGAGAUAAACGGUUGCUAGUUAAACAUGAUAUACAUAUAUCAUAUAAGGUAGAGGCAUUAAGUGAUAAUGAUGCUAUUGUGCUCUUUAGUCCGAACGCCUUUAAAAAAAAUGAGCCUGAGGAAGGUUUCUUGGAAUUAUCUAAGCGUUUUGUAAAUUAUGCCAAAGGCCUUCCACUAGCUCUUAAAGUUUUGGGAUGCUUAGUGUAUAAGAGAGAUCAAGAUGAAUGGAAAAGUGAAUUGGAUAAGCUAUGGAGAAUGAUUGAGCCAACAAUUUUUUAUUUGUCCAAACUAAGUUACGAUGGACUAGAUGAGAUGAACAAGAACAUUUUUCUUGAUGUUGCAUUUUUCCACAAGGGGAAGGGCAAGGAUGAAAAUGUUCAGAUGCAUGAUUUGAUACAAGAAAUGGCAUUGGAAAUAGUUCAUCGAGAGUGUCCUGAUGAGCCUAGUGGACGCAGUCGAUUAUGCAAUCAUGAUGAUAUCUCUCAUGUAUUCAUAAACAAUACGGCAACAAACAAAAUUAAAGGCAUUGCCUUACGAAUGGCGAGACUUGAAAGGGCAUAUUGGAAUUGUGAAGCCUUCUCUAAGAUGUGUAACCUGAAAGUUCUUGAAUUUUACAAUGUGAUCAUUUCUUCAAGUCCCAGAAUUCUAACUAAUUCCUUAAGAAGUAUCAAAUGGAGUUUGUAUCCUUCCGAAUUUCUCCCAUCAAGUUUUCAACUGAAUUUCCUUAUUGCACUUGAGAUGCGUCUGUUGGUCCGUCGCAAAUCUCGCGGCCUGGUGCUCGGGCCGAGGGGAUGUGCGUCAACACGUGACGUCCUCCUUUUGGAUGCAGUGCGGUUGUGCGCGGGCGUGCCAGCACGGUCUACCGUGCGUCGAGAUGAUGAUGAGGUUCGGUCUACCACUACUCCUAAGAAAGCAAAUAAAGGAGUCCUGGAGGGACAUUCGAGGCUGACAAGACCUGCGUGGUGGAGCCUGACGGGGGCAAGUGGGUAG